AUGUUAUCUUUUCGUCUUUUUUUACUUUCUUUUCUUCGUUCUUUACUUUCCUUUUUUCGUUCUUUCCUUUCUUUUCUUCUUUCUUUCCUGUCUUUUCUUCGUUUUUUCCUUUCUUUUCUUCGUUCUUCCUUCGUUCUUUCUUUCUUUACUUCGUUCUUCCUUUCUUUUCUUCGUUCUUUCCUUUCUUUCCUUAGUUAUUUCCUUUCUUUUCUUCGUUCUUUCCUUACAGUCUUUCGUUCUUUCGUUUCUUUUCUUCCUUCUUUCCUUACUGUCCUUCGUUCUUUCCUUUCUUUUCGUCGUUUUUUCCUUUCUUUUCUUCGUUCUUUCCUUACUUUCCUUCAUUCUUUCCUUUCUUUUCUUCAUUCUUCCCUUCUUUUCUUCAUUCUUUCAUUUCUUUUCUUCGUUCUUUCCUUUCUUUUCUUCGUUCUUUCCUUUCUUUUCUUCAUUCUUCCCUUCUUUUCUUCAUUCUUUCAUUUCUUUUCUUCGUUCUUUCCUUUCUUUUCUUCGUUCUUUUUUUACUUUCCUUACUUUUUUCCUUUCUUUCAUUCGUUCUUUCUUUUCUUAUAUUCUUCUUUCCUUACUGUCCUUCGUUCUUUCCUUUCUUUUCCUCGUUCUUUCCUUAAUUUCCUUCCUUCUGUCCUUUCUUUCAUUCGUUCUUUCCUAUCUUUUCUUCGUUCUUUCCUUACUUUCAUUCGUUCUUCCUUUCUUUUCUUCGUUAUUUCCUUUCUUUUCUUCUUUCUUUCUUUUCUUCGUUCUUUCCUUUCUUUCCAUAAUUCUUUCCUUACUUUCCUACGUUCUUUCCUUUCUUUUCUUCAUUAUUUCUUUUCUUUCCUUCGUUCUUGCCAUACUUUUCUUCGUUGUUUCCUUUCUUUUCUUUGUUCUUUCCUUUCUUUUCUUCGUUCUUUUUUUACUUUCCUGACUUUUUUCCUUUCUUACUUUCCUUCGUUCUUUCUUUUCUUUUCUUCAUUCUUUCCUUUCUUUUCUUCGUUCUUUCCUUUCUUUUCUUCGUUCUUUUUUUUACUUUCCUUACUUUUAACCUUUCUAUCCUUCGUUUUUUCCUUUCUUUUCUUCGUUCUUUCCUUACUGUCCUUCGUUGUUUCCUUUCUUUUCUUCGUUCUUUCCUUUCUUUCAUUCGUUCUUUCCUUUCUUUCCUUCUUUCUUUCCUUUCUUUUCUUCGAACUUUCCUUUCUUUCCUUAGUUCUUUCCUUUCUUUUCGUUGUUCUUUCCUUGUUUUUUGUCGUUCUUUCCUUUCUUUUCUUCGUUCUUUCCUUUCUUUCCUUACUUUCAUUUCGUUUGACGUUCGCCGUUCUCACUUUACUCGUUUUUUCGUUCGUUUCUGCCUUCUUCCUACUUUUUUUUGUUCGUUUGUCAAUUCUUCCAAUCCGUCCGACCAUCCUUCCUUUCUUCCUUCCUUCCUGCUUUGUUCAUUCCUUUAUUUUUUCCUUCUCUCCUUUUGUCCUUCCUUCCUUCGUUCCCGCCUCGUUCAUCCCUUUGUACUUUCAUUCUUUCCUGUUGAUUUUUUCAUCUGAAAUCUUUGAGUUCUUUGCGUGCAUAUUCUUUGCAAAGUCAGGGUCAAUAGAAUUAGCUAAAUAUCACAAGAUUAAUUUGACCCUCCUCGCUCGCCAAUCCGUUAGAGACAUUGCCGUUCACAAUGAUUCGUGCCGAUGA